GGCCACGCGGCGCCGGGAUGCUCCACGGACGCUUGGGGGCGCACGCUGGGAGAGCCGCCACGUUCGCUUCCGGGCCGGAGAUGCCUAAAAAAGGGAAAGGCCCGGCCCGGGGGUCCCCGAAGCCCCCGCCGCCCGCGGGCCCGGUUGGCAUCGACAAGAGCGGCGCGGUGACCGUCGCCGUCCACGCCAAGCCCGGUGCCAAGCAGAACGCCGUGACAGAUGUGAGCGUGGAGGCCGUGGGGGUGGCCAUCGCAGCACCCCCGUCCGAAGGGGAGGCCAACGCAGAGCUGUGUCGCUUCCUGGCCAAGAUCCUAGAGCUGAGGAAGAGCGACGUCGUCCUAGACAGGGGCGGUAAAUCUCGUGAAAAAGUCAUAAAGAUCCUGUCAGCCACCACCCCGGAGGAGAUUUUGGCAAAACUGAAAAAACAGACAGAGACCACGUGAGCCAGAAAAGGUGAGAUACAGACAUCGUCCUUGGAGGAAAUGAUUUCUGGACAGGAAGUUCUUCCAGAGACCGAAAGCCAAUAACGUGGUCUUGGCUCAGAAGACACGAACCCUGGGUAUAUUUUGCAGGAUUUAAGGUCAAAAUCUGGGCAACCCGCUGCUUCCCGUGGCUUAGAGUCCUCCAUCAGUUGUCUUCAAACUGUUCAGCCCAUCAAAAACUGUGUCCCACGACCUUGUCUUACGACAAGGUCGUAGGAGCAUGACCCGAUGUCGGCCGCAUUGUACCAAGUGAAUACGAGUGAUAAACAGAGCUAAAGUUUUCGAGACUCGCGUUGUAGAAUUGUGUUAAAAUUAAAUGCUUUGUAUAUUACAGCGCUUUUCUGGCAGUGUCACUAUCUCUAAUCCCUGGGCCUCAGCUCCCUCAUCUGAGGGAAUGAAGUCUGUG